UUUGAUCUCAUCCUCAGCUAUUUCCUUUUAAUUCUCACAUUCAUCAUCUAGUGUCGCGCUGCCGGUCCCGGAGGAUUAGACGGAGGGUGUAACAUUAUGGGUGUUGUUGGAGUCAUUGCAAAGCGUUUGGAUGCCCUUGUCGGGCCUGGAAUAAUGCUUCUUUUCCCACUAUAUGCAUCACUGAGAGCUAUUGAAAGCCCUUCAACACUUGAUGACCAGCAGUGGCUAACCUAUUGGAUAAUUUAUUCAUUGAUAACCCUAUUUGAGUUAUCCUUUUGGAGAAUCCUUGUUUGGCUUCCUUUCUGGCCAUACAUAAAGCUUGUAUUUUGUAUGUGGUUGGUGCUGCCUAUUUUCAACGGAGCUGCGUAUAUUUAUGAGAAUUUGGUGCGGAAGUAUAUUAAGAUCGGCGGCAGAGUGGACGGAAACUAUACGGAGGAUCAAAAGAAGGUUCUUCAAAUGAUGAGUCUCGACGCAAGGAAAUCAGUUGUGCAAUAUGUUGAAAAAUAUGGAUGGGAUGCUUUUGAGAGAGCUAUCAAAGCUGCUGAAAAAGAAGCAAAAAGGCACUAACUGGAUCACAAUUGUCAGAUAUAUUAUGUUUCUUCCCAAAUUCAAA